ACAAGAUAUCCAUUGAAGUUGUAUGUUAUUAAUACCUCUACAGCUUUGAAUUCAUUUUGUUACUAAUUCUUCAGUAAUUAUUUAUGUGCCUCUAACCUCAACUAAUAUGAUUGGCAUAAGUGGAAACAACUGAGACAGAAAGUUACCUAUCCCACUUCAGAAUUGUUAACAUAUCGCUGAGAAGCAAUGAAUGCCAUUGAUCUACUCUGGACAUCGACACUAUUGCUGAUCACAGCUGCCAGCAAGAUCAUAGUGCAUCAAGAACCUCUCUACACUGAAGCUACCGAGGGAGAAACAGCUCACUUUCUCUGCACCUACAAUGCAUCUCACGAUCAAAUGAUUGGAGCUUUCUCCUGGCACAAAGACAUUAAAAAUGGAAGAGAAGAUACCAAAGUAACCAAUAAAUCCGCAAGAUUCUUGGGUAGGAUUUUAGAGGUGGACCGACCCUCUUUCAAAACCAAUCGAAAUGCUUCCAUCGCAAUUACGAAUCUGAAACAGGAUGAUUCGGGCACAUAUUACUGUCAGGUAAUAUUGUUCUUUGAGGAAGAGUUUGGACCAGGAACAGUGUUAACAGUUAAACGCAGCCAGCCACUUGUGAGCAGCGGAAGGUCUCUACUUUGGCAGAUGAUUCUGGUUGGAUUGAAACUUUCUGUGUUUUCUGUCAUCAUCAUUCUCACAAUUUCUUUCGUGUAUUUCUGUGAGUCUUGAAGAUUUCCAAUUGAAUUUGCUGCAGAGUGAGAAAAGUUGAUCAACUACCCAAGAGCCCAGGAAUAAUGGAUAAUCUAUAUCGAUUGGGAUACCAGAUAAUUUUAUUGGCAUUUGGAAUAUAAAAUCAAAAUAUGAAUGAAAUAAUUCUAGUUGGUAAAUGGAAACAAAAAUGUGCAGUGUGUACUAACACAGCUUGUAUGUCCUUCGUUUUCUCAAUGCAAAUUUAUAUCUAUGGCCAUUAAAAUAUAAGAGUUUGUGUUAUUGAAGUAAUUAAAUACAUUCAUUGAAAGAUGCAAGUC